CCGUGAACGUCUCAUACGCAGACACAUUUUUGCCCCUCCUCCACAUUCUGCCUCGUUUCCCUCCGUCUCCGCUCCGCUCUCAGUGCUCGGACAUAGGCUGAAGGCGCAGAGCCGAGUCCCGCUUUUGAGGGAAAUUCGAGGAAAGUCAGACGUCAUAGACACCCUGAUAGACCAUUAAAAGAGAACCCCAUCCGAGACGACAGACGUUUCGCCGCUUCUGUGCAGUUGUGUUGUAAUUUAUAUAAAAUGGAUCCAGUGACUCAGUCCGCCCAGAUAUCGUCGUCGCAAGGCUUUGCCGAUGGACAAAAUUCUGCUCCCAAAGAAUCAAAGCUGUCUGAUUCCUUUCUUUCCUCUUCGCCUGUAUCUCUCAUUCAGUCUCCUCAAGACAAAAGAGUGGUUUUGGGAUCUGACAAGUCCUGCGAAGGUGUAGCGACAUCUCUUCGCUUUCCUUCCAAACCUGGUUCAUUUUCCCUCGGUAAUUAUGGAAGUGAAGCAGGACCACCGGAUUCACCACCGGAUUCACCAAUAAAGACAUCCCCUGUUUCUGAGCGAAUCAAGGCCCUGGAGGCUCUCGCUGCCAAGAAGCAGCAAUCUGAUUUUAGAAGCGAUGGAGGUUUCUCUCUUUUCAGGGACCGCCACCAUGAGAAGCCUCCUACUGACAGCUCAAAAUCCCCUAUUGAGAAUCAGAUGUCUCCAAAUGAAAAAAUUACACCAACUAUUCAGAAAAUGGGAGGUUCUUCUGAGCAGGAAUCACCAGGAUCCCCCUUUGAAGUUCUUGGAGAUUUGAGACAAGUAAAUGAGUUUGAAGAAACAGAAGAGUGGAUGAAGGCUCAUCUGCCACCUGUACCAGACUUAACUUCUGUAGAUUUAACUGAAGGCACCAACAGUGUUGAAUCAAAGGACAAGGGGACUCGGGUUGUUAUACCUACUUCCUUUACCAGUGUCCCUGAUGCUUUUAUGGAUUCUCCUGUGGAAGCUCCCUCAGUGAAAGAUGACUUUAGUAAUGCAAGGAAGCAACCAAACGUUGAGGAAGAGUUUGAUUUUAACUUUUUGCCAACAGCAUACAUGUGGGAUCAGCAGGACAAAUCGGAUGACCAGCCUCCUUCAAAUCUUGAUUCAGUGAUUGCAUCACCUCCUGCAGGCUUUGGCCCUUCAUGUCCAGAGGCAAAGCAGAAUGCUUCAGAUGAAGAGAAGGCCUCCCUGACACGAGAUCCAGAGCCAAGUGAAGCAGACAGCUCAGGAGAGUCUGAUGACACUGUUAUUGAAGACGAGGCGGGUGCUCCUACUUCUGCCCCCCAUCCAUCUUUUGAGCCACAACUUUCGAAAGAUCCCACCGCUACACCUGCACCUUCGAAUGUUCCUCCUGCAGAAAAGGAGACGCCUCCACCAAAGUCUGAGAGGAAAUUAAUGCAGGUUCCAACAAUCAAUGUUAUUGAGACGGAUGAACCAAAUUACAGUGAGGAGGAGAUGGAAAUGGAACCUGAAGCAGAAGAUGUGGAUUAUGAAAUUGAAAAUCCCCCAGCCAGCCAGAGCCCAGAAACCUCACAAUCACCUGAAGACACUAAAACCGAACUACCCAAAACGCGUCCCCUGGAAACUGAGUUCAUGGAAGGCUACUCGCCUCCAUCCUCACCUGUGGAUUCUGAUGCCGAGUACUCUCCCAAACGCAACGUCGUUGCAUCUUUUCCAGAAAUAGACAAUCAGGAAUCUGCAGCACAGUCGGAGACCCUACCCACACCUGCUCCAAAGGACACUGCAUCGGGCGUCUCCCAAGCACAAGCUGAUAAAUCACAGACUACUCCCAAAAAAAUGAAUGAAGAACCUUCCCAAUUCACACUCACAAAUGCAGAAGUGGACUUUCCAGACAAUGAUGAUGAGUGGUCAGACGAAGCUCAGGAGCACACACAGCCCAAAUUGUAUGACAAGAGUAAUAUGCCCACAAAAGAAACUUUCAUGCAGACUGUUCCUCUUUCUAAAACCACCUUUAUGCAGGAUGAUAUAUAUGACAGACAGUCAUUUGAUUAUGAUUAUGAUGCAUCUUCUCCCAUGGACGACAUUGACCAUAAAGAGCUGAGCAAUGCUAAGGAGCGGUUUCUUUCUGAUCCUUCCCCAACUGACCCUGAAACGCUGAAUGCAUGCUCUGCACAAACUGACGUUACAGAGAACAGGCAAAGUUUGGGUGAUAUCGCUUCACUGAAAGAUGAAUCUUCCCCAGAGCAAGCUGAUCAGCCAUCUCUACGAGAAUAUCCCCCAAAUCCUUACUCCUCUUUCCAAAGCGAGGCACAAAGCAGCUUCAAUGAGCAAGAAUCCGAUCAGAAAAUGAGCAAUGACGUUGUUGCAGAUGGUGCACAGAAUGAGAGCUCCAUUUCCGAACCUACAGACAGUUUUGUGGAAUUCAUGCGGGAAUGCCUCAAAUCGAGGCAAGAUGAAGAAGAUCCCGACAGCGUGCAUCAAGAUGUUCAUGGAAAGAGCGAGCUCAACAAAACCAGUUUGCAUCCUUCCCAGUUACCUCCAACCGUGGUGAUGGACCUUGAACAAGAACAACUUACUAUCAGUGCUCUCAAAGAGCUUUGCAGCAGUCAGGAGGAGGCGGCUUCAGACCGAGACCAAACUGACCUCAGCGCUGCAUCUCUACAGCAGUCUUCCUUAGCAUCAGUAACUAAUCCUCCCUGUUCCCAGCACAACCGUGCUUAUGACAGCAAAUAUUCCAAAGAGGUAGAAGCUAUCGAUGAAUUGGUGGCCGAGGCCUAUCAUCUUGCUGAGCAUGUCUUGACAGCAAUACUAACCCACUUAUCAGCUAAGGAUCUGAUUCACUGGCGAGACCCCAAGAAGUCGGGCGUGGCGUUCGGCCUGUCCUUGCUGAUGCUGCUGUCGCUCGCAGCCUUCAGCAUCAUCAGCGUGGUCUCCUACCUGCUGCUGGCUCUGCUCUGCGUCACCAUCACCUUCCGCAUCUACAAGUCUGUGGUCCAGGCUGUGCAGAAGUCCAACGAGGGACACCCGUUCAAAGCACUGAUAGAUAAGGAUGUCAGCAUCGCUCCAGAGACUUUCCGCAAACACGUGGAUGCAAGUCUGACCUACAUCAACCGAGCUCUGAAGCAGAUGAGCCACCUUUUCUUGGUUGAAGACCUUGUGGACUCCCUAAAGCUGGCUGUGGUCAUGUGGCUGCUGACCUACGUAGGAGCCGUCUUUAAUGGAAUCACCAUCCUCAUCCUAGCCGACAUCCUGCUCUUCACGGUGCCCCCCAUCUACGAGAAGAACAAGACUCAGAUUGAUCAGUAUAUCGACCUGGCACGUACUCAAGUCAACAAUACUAUCGCCAAGCUACAAGAGAAACUCCCAGGAGCUAUGAAGCGCAGCAAAACUGAAUGAUCUCCCCAAACCAAGCACCACGUCCCAUCAUCUUCAUGUUCAUCACCAUAUCUUCCCUCCCUAUCCCAGUCUCCGGUUAUUCCGACUCCCUGGUCUAACUCCUCCCCACACCGUCCACCAUCAGCACCCUACUACACUGAAAAUUUCUAGAUAGAAAAUCUCUGAGCUACUCAAUAAUCAACUACUGUGCAGCUUAACUUGCAAGCAUUAGAAAAGAACUGUGCCUGUGCAGACAGGAAGCACAUAGCAAGCGAGGAAGUGGCGUAACGGCACGACGUACCCCGCCUGGCUGUGGACAUGCCGCAGGGGAACGGAGACGGGAUCGAGUGAACUAGACUGAAUCUAUGACCUGGUUUUGUCUCGUGCAGCAGCAGAGGGUGUACGAUGGCAGCUGAUGUCACAAAAUAGCAAAUGUCUGUACUCAACCCGCAUGUUUGCCUGAAGGUAAAUGGCAACAUUGUCUCCAAGUAAAAAAUCAGCAUCCUUUUGGGUGGUAACAAGUUUCCAUUCACCGUACAGACACUUGUCUAUGUAAGUAGUUUCUGAAAUGCACUGAACUUUAUUUUUUCAUGAGCAGGUUGAAAUAAAAAGGAUGGGAACUUUGAGCCAGCUGUGAUAAUUUGGUCUAGUUCACCUUCUUUUGAUCAGAUGUAGGUUUGUGUGUACACCUUAGAGCACGUCCGCACUGACGGAGCACGUUAGCCUCACGUUUUAAAGGAACGUUCCCGUACUCCCUUUCAAGCCACCAAGUGUUGAGUUCUCACAUUCACUUGUAAAUUUUGAUUCUUCUUAUCACUAUUAUUACUGCUAUUGGUAUUAAUUACACAUUAGCUGCUUGAACCUGCUUACUAGCUUGACAGUAGCAUUGUAAGAGUUAUGUUAAGUGUUUUUGAGCUUCAUAAGUUUAGCGUGGAGGUCUGUCAGAAGCCUCUCGAGACAUGGAUUCCUGAUUAUGAACUAGGUUAAGCAGCAUACACUCGGAGCUGUGCCACAACCCUUAAAUCUAACGUCCCCGUCUAACUUUGCAGACGAUUGUUUUGUUGAGUUUCAAAGUGUCAAAUGUUUGAAUCUUCCAGCAUUGUUAUGUGUUUUAGUUUGUAACUCGACUUUAUUAAAUGUAAUGUCUAUUAAACAGUUGCUUUAGCUUUGGUGCAUUUGAAAAAUGUCUUAUUAAUAUUGUUUGGAAAAUCUCACUCGUGCGAGCGUUGUUUAGAGCGUAGGUGUGGGUUUGUACAAACAGGCGAGUGCGUUUUGAAUGUAGUGUUGCUGGAGGAGAUGGGGCGGGUCAUUACAGAGCUCUGUGUGACUGCCGUGAAGCGCAGGUGUAAGCUGGAGUCUUUCUAUAGGCUGUAUCAUAUUCUUGAUCCUGACUUUGGUUUAAUAUGAAUACUUGUGAUUGUUAUUAUGGUGUUUUUGAUCUCCUGUGUCGGCACUACUGCUUAAUCUCCGUAUUAAUUUAAGGGAUAAUAUGUGGAUGGAAAUGAAAUGAGACAUAGUGUGUGUUAGUGUUGCUUCGUCGUGCCAGUCUGCUCAUCUCCUGAACGUACCGAAUGGCCGGCGGCGAGAGGCGGUCCUGCGUGACCGCUGCUGUUCCCGCCCCUGCUCCCAUGCAUGUCCUCUGUGUGUUGACUCCUUGUGCAUGCGCCGGUGUCUUGUUCGCACUCUGGGCGAGCGAGACAUCCACACGUGUAACUUCCUGUUAGCCCGUCGGCCCGGGUCAGCUGCCCUCGUGCUGCUGAGCUGUGCCGACCAGCCUGUGUCCAGCUGCUCCGGGUGCAGAGGGCACGGCAUGUGUUUGAGCUAAUCACACUUUAGAUCUCACAUAGAUACUGUUGUUAUGCACCCUCUUUAUUUGAAUGUGAAGAAGUUGCAUAUUGAAGCUUAUUUUAAAGUUGUCUUGUCAUUCAGAUUAGAUUUAUUAGAUGUUAGAUUUCUGCAUUAAAAAGAAAUGUUUUAGUUCUAUUUCACAUCUGCUUAUUAAUGAAAAUGAAGCAUUUGCUACUUUUUAAGGAAACAUUUGUAACUUUUAUUUUGUCAGUAUCUUUGAUUCCCCCAUUUUUAUUUAGCUUUUCUGGAUAGCUCAUCCUGACCCUUUAAUAUUCAUCCAGCUGACCUCAGGCUGUCAGUCAUCCCACGAGUAUUGCUAUGAAACAAGGAGAACUAGCUUCCAGAUGCACAACACCUUUUGAGUGUUACGUACGACUCACGAUCUGACCAGAGUGUGUCUGACUUUGAUGUUUUGGUUUCUUGUCAAUGGCUUUCUGCUUUACUGAUAUCUAGGUGUUGUUCACUAACAUCAGCUGUUCUGUAUUGGCUGACUUUGGUUCCAGUUUUUGAAGCUUUGGGAAGGCUGGUGUGGAGGGAAGGACAAAAAGCAUAUGUGUCUCUGUACUGAUGUCAAAGUGAAAUGAAUAAAAACACCUGAAAGGUC